ACGCGGGCCGUCACUCCAGGUCAAUAUCUUCGUCGCUGCCCAGCGCGGAGAUGUCCCCACCAUUCGCGAUCUCAUAGAGUCGGGCAAGGCGAAAGCGACCGAUCGGGACGAGCAGAACAUCACCCCUCUGCACUGGGCCGCAAUUAACGCCCAGGUCGCUGCUUGCCGCUACCUCCUCGAGCAGGGAGCCGAGGUCGACGCCCUCGGCGGCGACCUCAUCGCGACGCCAAUGCAGUGGGCCGCGCGCAACGGCUACCUCUACGUUAUACAGCUGCUCAUCGCGCACAAUGCCGACCCCACCAUCUCCGACGCUCAGGGAUACAACGCCUUGCACCUCGUUACACAUUCGUCGUCGGUCAUGCCGCUGCUGUACCUACUCCACCAACCGAUCAACGUCGACUCGCGCGAUUCGCAGGGACAUACGUCGCUCAUGUGGGCGGCGUACCAGGGCGACGCUCUCUCGGUCGACUUGCUACUCAAGCAUGGUGCGAACCCGAACACGCAUGACGACGCGGGACUGACGCCGUUGCACUGGGCCGUCGUGCGGGGGAACCGAGUGUGCAUCCGCCGACUGAUUGAGUCCGGCGCAGACAUCAGUGCGAAGGACGGUGAGGGCAGGACGGCACGGGACAUGGCCGUCGAGCUGAAGAGUCUGGGGGCCUGGAAGCGUGCAUUGGAGGAAGGUGGCAUGAACGAAGAUGGCACGAAGAAGCGGAAGCCUCUCAGCGACGUAAGUCUGUCCUUCAAUUCCUACUGAUCAUCAUUGAUCAACGAUGCUUAACAGCGCAACACGAAAAUCGCAAUAUUCACGCUACCAACGAUCUCCUUCUUCUUGAUGUUUACGACACUGACGAUCCUCCCGUGGUACACUGGCAUAAUCCUCUCGAUGGCUCUGUUCUUCGGCAUGCAUCACGUGCGAUAUGCAAAUAACUUAAAACGGGCGCAGAAAGCUGACUU